AUCCCACCAAUCUUCACGUCAGUGGUACGACUGGACCCCUGUCACUACGACCCUGCAUGCAAUGACGUAAGCGGCCCAACAUAUCCUCAGCUGGUACGCUUCGACGUUUUCUCAUACAUAAGACAAUCACACGGAACGUAUAUCGACCUUAAAUGGCCCCUGAUAACCUGGUCCUGUGGUGCAUACCUCGUCUCGCUGAGGUGGAUCUUCCUCACCGAAAGUAAUCAGUAUGAGUGUGGCUCGAGCAUGCUUACAGUGCAGAGCCUCAAAGGCCAAGUGUGAUUGUGUUCGUCCUAGAUGUGGUCGUUGUAUUCAUCGCCGGCUGGCCUGCUCCGGCUAUCCACAAGACGAGAGUUUCAUCUUCUUGGACGAAAAUGAUGUUGCUCAGAGAAAUUCAGAACGGGCACGGAGCCGUCGCAAUGAGAGUCAAAUGAUCCCGAUCUCCUUCGACCUGGCUGCAUCCCAGGGGAGUUCCGCGCCGACAUUCACCGAGAGAACCAGUACACUGCGAAAGCAACUAUAUCACUGGUUAAAUGAGCGUGAAUUGACAGAAAUACCGCCCGUGCUACAAUUGGACAUGGAGACUCAGGCCGUGAGUCGGUUUUUUGUCAACUGGACCCUAUAUCCCUGCAACCUUGGGCUUUCGCCAGGAUAUAUGGACCAAGUUCCGAAACUAUACUCCAAUGCCGCGCCGCAUUCAAUUUUGUGGCUUGCAGUGCAAGCCGUUGCCUUCGCCGAUAUGAAGUACUAUGGCCCCGGAUACGACCAGCUCUCAGCCACCGCGCUGCAAUAUUACGGUUUAGCUUUGGCUCUCUUGAGAACGCUUGCUGCCGAUGAGGAACGAAUACUGGAUGACCAAGUACUUGCGGCUCUUUUGUUGAUCGAUGAUUUCGAGUCAUUGUUCCUAGGACGAACGGAACCGCUUGGCCCUCACAGCCAGGGCCUCAAACAUAUUCUUCAUGCGAGAGGCGACGCACAGCUCUUUCGUCGAUCAAGCUUCUCCCUUUGGCUUCUCGCCCUCCAUCGGCUAGUAGCACGACAGAUCCUGCUCUACGAGGAGCCCGACGAUCAACAGACGGCAUGGAUCGACAAGUUGGAUCUUGAUUGGGUGCCCUUACGCAUAUUCUCCGACAUCUAUAAAAUGAACGUACUUUCUUCUGAGGCGAAUAAACUGCGACAAGGCGAAAAUAGCCGUCCCAUACCGCGCGAGAGCAUCGAGCAAGCUAGACAACUCGCAGACUCAACUCUACUUCUUCUGCGCUCAGUCGAGACAUGGCCAAUGAUGACAAUUGACCAUUGGAAAGCAGAGACGGUCGAUCCCAACACUAUUUCCGAGACGGACAGCCUGCCAAACCUUCCGAUGCCACAGUUCACAUGCCCCCGGGUACUCAGCUACCAUGAUAUAUGGUCAGCAUAUAUGUGGAGUUUCCAUGCUGCCAGCCAAAUCAUCUUACGCGAGUCUCUGAUUGACACCUUUGAGUUGAUUGGCUUGAGUCAAUUGGAAGCAGGUGAUCCGGAGGAUACGGACCAGAUACAACACCAGACGGAGGUUAUACACAGACUGUCUGCUGUCCUCAUUCGAUCUUUUCCUCAGCUCUUGGGCUUCGUUCACAAAGAUACCUCGGAGGGACAUUUCCGACUGCAAGGGGGAACGGCUGGUAGAGCCUUGGUUCUCUUCCCAAUGCGCGUGCUUCAAAUGUCCUCCUUCAGUCCUCCUGAGCACAAACAAACUGCCCUGGCAGUCAUUGAAUGGGUCAAUUCCACGUAUAGGUUGGGGUAAAGGACAAUUAUGUUUCAAUUUCUG